AUGGGGGAGGGUGAAGAGUGCGAAGCCGCUAACUACGUCCUCUGUCACUUUAAACUAAGCCCUGAGGCCGUCACCUCCUCUACAAACCUGUUGGUGCACUGGGUUGAUAUCAUCGAAACCGAUACCAAUGACAGCGACCUGCGUUCGGAACUCAUCACACUGUCUCGUUCGCCGCCUCUGUCAGUGUCCUACCGCCUAAGCACUGACGGAGAUGCAGCUUCCACCGCAGCCGCACUGUCCCCGUCUGCCUCGCCCCCA